AUGGCCUUCUAUGCCGCUGCCAGGAAACGCCCCCACCGCAGCAUCCACGACCCGGAGGUGCGCCCGCUGCGUCUAGCCGUACUGAAAGCCGCCACCAUCAAUUUGCUCAUCUUACAACUCCUCUUCCUCGGCCUGUUCUGCUAUCUAUUCGGGUCCAUCUUUCAACAAACCACCCAUAUCCACAACCUCAAUGUCCUCUUCGUCGACUAUGAUGGCGGGGCCAUCGGUCGGGCCGUGCGCACUGCCUACCAACAGCUGCAAGGGUCCGGCUUCCCGACCCUCCGCGAGCAGUCAGCCGAGGCCUAUCCCAAUCCCGCGUCGAUCGUCUCCACCGUCUGCAAUAUUCACUACUGGGGUGGCUUUUACAUCGCCCCAAAUGCUUCUUCGCGUCUGUCAGCUGCUCUCGCCGGCAUCGGGACAGCAACCUACAAUACGAGCGAUGUCAUGACCCUAGUCUGGAAUGAGGCGCGCUACUCCACCGUCGUGGAUUCUGCCAUCCAGUCCAACAUCCUCUCUCUAUCCGAAGCUGCUCGCGUCGUCUACACGACUACCAACGGCCCAUUCAUUCUCCAGACGCUGAACACUUCCGACCAGACAGCCAUCGCCACUCUUGCUGACCCCUGGACACUCUCCACCAUUAACAUCCAACCCACCACCCAAGGCUCCCGCCUCAUCUACAACACCCUCGUCGUCAUCCUCAUCCUCAUCCAAGAAUUCUUUUACCUGGGCUACCUCAAUGGCCUCUACCAGCAAUUCCACCUGUACACCUCCGUCGACGCGCACCGCAUAGCCAUCAUCCGCCAGCUCAUCUCAGGAAUAUACACCUUCAUUGGGUCGCUCUGCACGACGGGUGCGAUCUGGGCCUUCCGAUACGGCUGGCAUGUCAACGGCGACCAGUUCAUGAUCACCUGGAUGGCGCUGUGGUUGUUCGCGCAUUUGAAUUUUCUAGUCCUGGAUGUGUUUACUAUCUGGUUAGCGCCACCAUUUGUCCCCAUGGCGCUUAUCUCAUGGGUCGUGCUGAACGUUUCAUCAAUCCUGUUGCCAUUCGAGCUAUCUCCUGGCUUUUAUAAGUGGGGAUAUGCGCUGCCCGCGCAUGCUAUAUUCCAAGUCAUGGUGGAUAUUUGGUCCGGUGGGUGUAAUCCGCAACUUGAUUAUGCGUUGCCGGUCCUUUUUGCGUAUGAGGUUGUUGGGAUGGUGCUCAGUAGCCUCGGGGUGUAUCGUCGGGCGCACUAUGCGGUUCUGGCGGAGGAGGCGAAGAAGGAAUCACAGGAGCGCUUGGCUGUUGAGGCAGAGGGAGAGGCAGAGAAGGAAACCCCUGGUACUAAUGGCGGGGAGGGACCAGCCGGGGAGGCAGAGGCAGAGGAAGGAGAACCAUCAGAGAUGCAGCCAGAGGGAUUUGGAGAGCGCAUGAGGCAGGAAAUGUCACGGCUGGAGAGAGUGCACACCAGUCGGCAGAACACGGGCCCAUCCUUCGAUCUACCAUACACCGACUAG